CAAAAAAAAAUAUUGCAUUUAAUGUAAUAACUAUUGAAUAGUCAGAGACUAUAUCAGUGAUUGAUUGCAUCGCUUAUAAUAUAAUAUUAUUAGACAUAUAGUUAUUAUUGUGUCAAACAUUUUGAUUUGAAUUAAUUGGAUUUGAAUUGUGUUUUAAUAAUAAAUAUCUUCAUAUAUAAUAUCAUUAAUUAGUUGCAAAAUAUGCAAUUGUGGGGCCAUUUUACGGCCGACUCACUCUCAGCCGCCGAUACGCCGACCAAUUGGCCAGUUAUUAAAGCUUACGAACCGUUUCCAUCAACACCGUCACCGUCGUUGUCGUUGCCAUCGAUGGUCAACGACUACGACUACAAGAGCAACAACAACAACAACAACAACAACAAUAGCUUUAAUAUCGACUGUAAGUACGGCAACAAUAGUAGUGACAGCAGUCCAUCGUAUACCAGUUGGUCAACGAUUACCGAUUGUAUAGACCAAUGGUUUGCCACUCUCUACGAAUGGCCGUCACAAUCAUCACCACCGAAGUCAAUAUUUCCUCCGCUAUCGUCAUCGAUAGGAAUGCAAUUUUCGACAAACUUCUGGAACAGUAUUAUUUCGGAACCAAAGUUGACGGACAAUACACUAACAUUUUUAACGCCGGCGCCGCCAUCGCCACCAUUGUUGGCAUUGCCGCCGCUGUCGUCGUUAUCGUUGUCGCAGACAGUGUUACCGCCGUACAGAAGAGCCAUACGAAAGACAUAUACAGAGUAUGAGGAGACCGAUGACAGAAACAACUCGCGAGUGGAUAAUAUUGGCGACAAAUCAGUGGCCAAUAAUGAGUCGCCAAUUGGAUUUCAAUCAUUGGUGUCGUCGUCGUCGUUAUCAUCGCAAUUGGACAGCUAUUCAGUUAGAUCGCCGACACCGAUCGGUACACUGCCGAGCUCUUGGAAUGUCAAAGAAGAUUUGGCCAACAAUUGGACGGUUAAUAGAAAUUAUUAUAAUUCAGACACGAGUCCAUUGGAAUCGUAUUGUUGGAAUUUGGCUGCACCUCCGCCGCCACCAUCACCACCAAUAUCGCCCCCGAAAAUUAUUUCAUCGAUUAUUACAAUGCCGGCGCCGCCGCCGCCAACAGCGUCAGCGUCACCACCACCGCCGCCGCCGCAGACAAUAGAAAGCAGUGUUUACAUUCAGCCGAGGAUUCGGCGCCGAUUGCCAACACUAACCGAGUGUGUGUUCUGCAAGAACAACAAUCGCAGCGAAGAGAUAUACAAAAGUCAUAUACUAAAAGAUCCAGAAGACAAAAUUGUUUGUCCAUAUCUGCGGGCCUACGACUGUCCUAUUUGUCAUAACGGUGGCGGCAUUUAUGCCCACACUGUACGCUAUUGUCCGAUGAAUAGGGCGGGAAUUAAGUUAAAAAUUGAAAGCUUUUUGAAUGACAGCGACAAACACGAAUCACAGCAACAACAACAACAACAGCAACAACAACGACGACAUCAACAACAACAACAAAAACAUCAACAACAACAGCAGCAGAAUAAGGCGUCCAAAUCGGUUGUCUAUAAUGAUAGCGAUUGUGGUGGUGGUCGCCGACGUAAAGGUCGUUAUAGGAGACGUAUAAAUAAACAAACAUUUUUUAAAAUAAGUGUUUAAUCAUUGCAUAACAAAUUUUUCACGGAUUUUUUAAAUAUUGGAUUGGAUUUAAUGGACAACGAGAUUGGAUUUUUUUAAACAAAAAUUUGCUUAAAAAUAUAGUAUUUUAUUAC